GAGUGGAUGUGGAGCAGAGAACAGUAGCGUAACUACAAUGUAGGGGAGCCUGCACACCUAUUUGGCGGACCUACUCGAAUUGUUAGAUUUUCUAGCCAGAAAAGUGAGGGGCUCCCACAGAAGUAAAGUUACGCCACUGGUAGAGCAGUGAGCAGAAUAUGAACUUGGAACAUUUGUUAGGCUGCGGUGGUCCGUGGCAAGUGAGAUGGACGCGAAUGUGUGAAAACGAGGAACGAAGUUGGUCGCGCGCGGGAAUCGGUCGUUGGUGUGUUUGAUCCUUUUAUUUAUCUGGACGCAUCGCAAUUGUCGGUGCGGAACGAGUGUUUUUUACGACCGAGAGAGAAGUCUGUGUGUGUGGCAGUUGAAACGUUUGCGUGUGAAAAGAGAAUUCUUUAAUUAAUCGUAAUGGCAACUUUGGCUGAGCAAGCCUCCAAGUUGCUGGACUUUAACCAGAAAUUGGAUAUAACGCUUCUCGAUACUAUAGUAGGAUGUAUGUACACGGGAAUAGGGGAUCAACAGCGAGUGGCACAAGAAGUGUUGACUACGCUCAAGGAACAUCCAGAUGCGUGGACACGUGUCGAUACCAUUUUAGAAUAUUCACAGAAUCAACAAACUAAAUAUUAUGCGCUACAAAUACUGGAACAAGUCAUAAAGACUCGAUGGAAAGUCCUACCGAGAAACCAGUGCGAGGGAAUAAAAAAGUAUAUCGUCGGCUUGAUUAUCAAAACGAGCAGCGACCCCGAAACAAUGGAGACUUCCAAAGUCUAUUUGAACAAACUCAACAUGAUUCUCGUACAGGUUCUGAAGCGAGAAUGGCCAAAGAACUGGGAGUCGUUCAUCGGGGACAUCGUCGGGGCGAGUAAAACGAAUGAGAGUCUUUGUCAGAAUAAUAUGGCCAUUUUAAAGCUUUUGUCAGAGGAAGUCUUCGACUUCUCAAGUGGGCAGAUGACACAGACAAAGGCGAAACAUCUGAAAGACACGAUGUGCAGCGAGUUCUCGCAAAUUUUUCAACUCUGCCAAUUCGUGAUGGACAACUCGCAAAAUGUUCCACUCGUCGCCGUCACUCUCGAAACCCUGCUCAGAUUCCUCAAUUGGAUUCCUCUCGGAUACAUAUUUGAGACGAAGCUGAUCACUACUUUGAUAUUUAAGUUCUUAAACGUUCCAAUCUUCAGAAACGUCACGUUGAAAUGCUUGACGGAAAUCGCUGCCGUGACUGUGACGAAUUACGAUGACAUGUUCAUAGUUCUUUUCGCAAGCACGAUGCAGCAGCUGGAACAAAUGUUACCCCUGGAAACAAAUAUUCGCGAAGCUUAUGCGCUCGGUCAAGAUCAGGAACAAAACUUUAUCCAAAAUCUGGCGAUGUUCCUUUGCACUUACUUGAAAGAGCAUGGCCAACUUGUGGAGAAGAAGCAACUGAACGAGACCCUUUUGAAAGCCUUGCACUACCUCGUUCUGAUUUCGGACGUCGAGGAGGUGGAGAUUUUCAAAAUCUGCCUGGAAUACUGGAACGGAUUGGCUGCUGACCUCUACAGAGAGAAUCCGUUCAUGUCCACGUCUCCUCUUUUCUUGACGAAAAAUAAUGUCUCCAUCCCGCCGCGGAGAUUGUUCUACUGUCCGGUUUUGACCAAGGUCAGAUAUAUCAUGAUCAGCAGAAUGGCCAAGCCCGAGGAAGUUCUCGUUGUCGAAAACGAGAAUGGUGAAGUCGUGAGGGAGUUUAUGAAGGAUACAGAUUCCAUUAAUUUGUAUAAAAACAUGAGGGAAACCCUUGUGUACCUUACGCAUCUCGACUAUGUUGACACGGAAAGAGUCAUGACGGAAAAAUUGCAGAAUCAAGUCAAUGGCACUGAAUGGUCUUGGAAAAAUCUCAACACGUUGUGUUGGGCGAUAGGAAGUAUUUCGGGCGCGAUGCACGAAGAAGACGAGAAACGUUUUCUAGUGACUGUAAUAAAGGACUUACUCGGUUUGUGCGAGCAGAAAAAGGGAAAAGACAACAAAGCAAUCAUUGCCAGUAAUAUUAUGUAUGUCGUAGGACAAUAUCCGAGAUUUCUUCGAGCCCAUUGGAAGUUUUUGAAAACCGUUGUCAAUAAAUUAUUCGAGUUUAUGCAUGAGACACAUGAGGGUGUGCAGGACAUGGCAUGCGACACUUUUAUUAAGAUUGCACUGAAAUGCAGACGACAUUUCGUCACGUUACAGGUUGGCGAGGCCAUGCCGUUUAUAGAAGAAAUUUUAUCUACUAUUAGCAGUAUCAUUUGUGAUCUCCAGACGCAACAGGUGCAUACAUUUUAUGAAGCGGUUGGUUACAUGAUUAGUGCCCAGGUUGAUACAAUAGUGCAGGAGCACUUAAUAGAAAAGUACAUGCUACUGCCGAAUCAAGUUUGGGAUGACAUUAUAAGUCAAGCAUCGAAGAAUGUAGACAUUUUGAAGGACCAGGAAGCUGUGAAACAGCUUGCUAGCAUUCUCAAGACAAACGUCCGAGCGUGUAAAGCCCUUGGACAUCCUUACGUAAUGCAGUUAGGCAGAAUAUAUUUAGAUAUGUUGAAUGUUUAUAAGGUCAUGAGUGAGAAUAUUAGUGCUGCUAUAGCCUUAAACGGAGAAAUGGUGAUGAAGCAACCAUUGAUUAAGAGUAUGCGAGUCGUCAAGAAGGAAACUCUGAAACUAAUUUCGGAUUGGGUUAGCAGAUCGAACGACCAUCAGAUGGUUUUGGAGAACUUUAUUCCUCCUUUACUAGAUGCAGUUUUGCUAGAUUAUCAAAAAACGAAUGUUCACUGCGCCCGAGAACCAGAAGUGCUGAGUGCUAUGGCGACGAUCGUUAACAAACUCGAAGGCCACAUUACGAGUGAAGUACCUAAAAUAUUUGACGCCGUGUUUGAGUGCACCUUAGAGAUGAUCAACAAAGACUUCGAGGAAUUCCCCGAACACAGAACGAAUUUCUUCCUUUUGCUACAGGCAGUGAACGUCCACUGUUUCCCAGCUUUCCUCUCGAUUCCCCCCGCGCAGUUCAAACUAGUCCUGGACUCUAUUAUAUGGGCUUUCAAACAUACUAUGAGGAAUGUGGCGGACACGGGUUUGCAAAUUCUCCACCAGCUUCUGCAGAACAUCGAACAGCACGAUCAAGCAGAACAAAGCUUUUACCAGACGUAUUUCACUGAUAUUCUUCAACACAUAUUCAGUGUAGUGACCGACACUUCCCACACAGCCGGACUGACUAUGCAUGCGACAAUUUUGGCGUACAUGUUCUCCCUAGUGGAAUUGGGAAGAAUUCAGGUUCCUCUCGGUCCUGCUCCUGACAACACUGUUUACGUUCAAGAAUUCGUGGCGAGACUCCUCAGGGCGGCGUUUCCGCAUUUAACGGACAACCAAAUUAAAAUUACAGUUCAAGGUUUGUUCAACCUGGAUCAAGACAUCCCUGCCUUCAAGGAGCAUCUGAGAGAUUUCCUCGUUCAAAUCAGGGAAUACACUGGAGAGGACGAUUCUGACCUGUACUUGGAAGAGCGAGAGACUGCGUUACGAACAGCUCAGGAGGACAAGAGGCGGCAGCAGAUGGCCGUGCCCGGAAUCCUAAAUCCCCACGAAAUGCCAGAAGAGAUGCAGGACUGAAUCGACCAUGACCUCCAGCCAAUUUUCACAUCCAACCUGAACGAGGAAUGCUUUGCCGUAGGUACUAUCGUAUCCCCUUAAACGCCACCACCACCCCUACCAUUAUCGCAUCCACCACCACUACCACUUUGCAAGACCUUACGAUAAAAAGAAAAAGAAAAAAAACCCGCAGUGCUGGUCGCUAAUGUCUCUCCGAUUUUCAAGGCCAAUUUAGAACAGAUGCUGGAUUCGUAGCGCCUAUCAGGAAGCCACUAAUUAUCAGCACUGUGCUUAAACCGCCGAGUGUACAAUAUUACGCCCUUGUUACGGAAAUAAGCCCGAACUGCGGUGACUGUUUGUUUGUCUGUUAUAGGAUUUUAAAUGAAACGGAGUUUUUGUUGUCGAUUAAAUGCGAACACCUGCUUGGCGAUACUAUUUCGUGUACUUUUGACUAAAUAUUUCUCGCGGAUAAAAAAAAAAAAGAAAAAAUCUAAUUUUUUUUUCUCUUCGGGCGGGUGUUGAUCACUGAAAUCCAAAGGCUACGAUUUUUAGUUUUAUAGAAUUCGCAUCGAAUCUGACAGAAAGUCAACGAGAGAUUGAACAAACUUUUGAAUGUGUCUGAGUGCUGCUAAUUUGUACAAAGAAGUUAUCGAUGUUUGAAUUCGUUGGAAAUGAGAGACUUUUGGCUGAACAAUGGACAUUUGUUAGAAUGAACUUUUGAUCUAUUUUUGUUACAUAGAAUAAAGUAGCGAUUCCAUAAUUCAUUUUGUUUUUUUUCCUUUUUUUUUUUUGUUGAAUUAUUAUUAUUCAUUAUUAAUGAUUACUAAUUAUUAUUUCUACAGUCUAAGUGCUCUUUAUUCUUUGUAAUUGUAAGACCUGUGGGUAAAGUGGCUCGCGCGGUGGAUUGACUUCGACUCCAAUGAAAGAGAAUACAGGAGAGAAAGUAGAUAUGAGAAGAAUGAUUGUGACUGCGUGUGUGAAAACAAAAGAAGCAACUGGAGAGAUUGUAAUUUUUUGAUUGGAAAGUAUGGUGUCGAAUACUCACUCGGAUCGUAAAAUUCGCACCCAAUCGCAGAUACGGAUGAGCGAAGAUACCGAGUUAUAAUUAAUUACAUGUUUGAUUAACAAUAAAAAUGAUACGAUGAUAUAUUGAUACAUUAAAUAGAAUCGCCGCAGCAGGAUUUUAAGCGAUAUAAAUAUGCUAGAUGAAUAUGUGUGUUUUUAUCUGAGUGAAGCUGUAUUAUACACUACUAUUAUUGCUAUUAUAAUCGAUUGCGAAUCUUGAAUUGGCAACUUGUAAAUUAAAACUGAUGAUAACUGAGUUACUUUGCAGGAUUUCCUUUCCCGUUCGAGCGACACGAGAUCGUGAUUUUUUUUUAGCGAAUAACAGUCACAACUUCCGUUACAGUUGCAGUUUAUCAAUUCAGCUCACUCUCAGCUGUCUCUCGAUUGAAUCGACUUGUAACAACUCAAAUCGACUUUGUCGGACUUGGAUUGAAUAUGAAAUAAGGCCUAUUUGAUUCUAUUCUCUUUUUGUAGAGAUACAUUUUUUCGAGACCCGAGCGGAGGAGCAUUUACAAGUCGGAGGAAAGGCGAAUGUCAGAGUGUCGAAUGGUCUUUUUCACCAGAAGUGAAUCUAGGUAGCGAGAAUCUAGAGAUAUUUUCUAUGAGUACACGCGAUCCUUUUAUAAAGCUGUAGAAAAAAAUCGGGGGAAAACAAAAGGUGGAGAGGGCAAAUAAAUCCCUGUGGUUGUUGUAUAGUUGAAUUUCAAGUCGAAUGAUUUUGCUUAGCGUAUGUUGUAUACAUAGAUAGACCAAUGCAAAAUGAUGCGGACUAUAAAAACUAUUGAUAACAAGAGACUCGACGAUGAUGACAAGGCAUUGGCGCUUUACUUCCGACCGGAAAACCGAAUGAAUGUUAUGCAUUUCACUGAGCCGCGUUUCAAGCGCUGGCGUCGUAACUUUUAGGGUAAUUGUAUAGAAAUGUCCUUUGGCUAAAUAAAUGUGAUACGAUCGAUUUGUAACAAACUGUUCAUAUAAUAAGAAACACCUGAAUGGAAAAAAAAUAUUUACUUCUCCAUCAUCAGAAAUUUGAUUUCAAACCUACCGUUCAGUCAGGUAUUCCGAUGUCCAAGAUGGUAAUCUAGAGGAGAAAGAUUGGCGGCAAUUUUUGGACAAAUAACUUUUACACAGGGAAUUUAUACAAGUUAUUUUGACAAACAAAUUUUUUUUUAAAUUCCGUCACAGUCAACUUCUAGACGAAUUUAAAUAAACUCUGCAGAAGAUAAUUUAAUAAAUAAUAUUUUUCAAAUCCAAUACCGUUGAAUUCUAUACACAUGAAUAGUCUACAUAAGUCAUUUUAGUUUAAAAAACUGUACGUAUACAAAAUGUUUUUUUUUUUAGUUUAAAAACUUAGUGUCGCCUAAAAAAAAGUUUAUUUUUACUUUCUGUAGAAUUUCACGCUGUGUAGAGUUUAUUCGUGCAGAACCGCUACCGUCCCAUUUGGAAUUUGUAUUUUAUUUGUUGAAAGCUUAAUUUAUGCCUAAAAAAAUGAUAUAAAUUAUUAUGUAUUUGAAUUUAAUAGCUUUCGAGAAAUAAAAAAUAAUUUUUAGAGCUCCCAACAUUUUGUUACUGUGAAGAAAAAAAUAUUUGCUUCCCUGCAUCUGGUAGAAAUGUUUUUCUUUCAAAAAGAUGGCAUUGCAGCUUGGGAUACUUCCUUUUUCAAGAUUUACGAGAUCCUGGAUUUAAAAUAGCGAGAAUUCUUAUAAAAGUGGUGAGGGGGGAACUUUAUUUUUAGGGAGAAGAUAAGAAAGGGAAAUUUAGAACGAAGGGGCGAGACCGAAAAGCGCCAGCUUAGAAGCUUUAGAGCCAUUACUAAUUGUACCAUGCGACUCAAGUUUUACAGGCAGGCCUUUGGCUAAUGAAAAAAAGUCGUUUAGUGCGUCACGCGCGUCUUCCGAAACUAUUAUUUUACACUGUGCCUAAUGUAACUUAAAUGUUACUUGACGUAUUACUAAUGUUAGUAUUAAAUUUUUCUUUUGGAAGGUUUAGUUCUUAGGCGUCGCUAAUUUUCAGUUUUCGCGCUUGGAUGUUUAUGAAUUUAAAUUCUUGGAAUUUGAGUUUCUUUUUUAAAUUUGAUUUAAUUUAUUUGAAAUGCUUUGUAAUCUAUGGGUUUCCAAAAUUUGAAUGCUUUCAACAUUCGAUCGGAUUUAAAUUUGGAAGUUUAUAAAUUGGACUACAUUAAAAUGGAGAUUAUUUGAAGCUUGAAUAAUUUCAAGUAAUUUCAAUUCAAUGGAAAAAAUUGUAAUAUUUUAAAGUUGAAUGUUUGCCAUUUAAAAAUUUAUAUUAAAAAAUUGAGUUUCUUCUUACUUUCGGGGUCGUUAAAAAUUUUUCUAUUGAAAAUUGAAAAAUUUUACUUGGGGUUUCUCCUACUCUAAACACUUCCAGCACAUUAAACUCAGAAAUUAUUUUUCAUUCUGAAAAUAAUAAUAAUAAUAAAAUUAAACUCUUAGGAAAAAGAGUCUAAAAACGGUAGACUUAGUUUUUUUUUAAUGUAUUCAAGAAGACGCGCGCUUAUUCAAUUUGAAAAUUUUCUUUUGAGCAAAUACCAAGUUAUUAAUAAACACCUUAAAUUCACACAUAAAUUGUAUAAUUUCUUAAAUAUUUCUGCGUGAGCAGAGCAAUAAAGAAAAAUCUUACAUAGAAGAAAAAGAAGAUGUACUCUGGAAAAGAGGAUUUGGAUGUGUAUAACAGUAGAAAUAUUAGGAUAUUAUGGCAUUCGAAACUUAAGAUAAGUACCGGAAAAAUUUAAGUUUCUUGAGCGUCACUAGAAUAAUGUCAAAUAAGGAUGCUGUUUGAAAAAAACUGGUUAUUUUUUUUUAGGUCGCCGCCCAAGUCCGUCAGGGGAAAAUGUUUGAAUUGUCUCGGUACUUCCAAUUUUGAGAAAUUCGUAUGGUCAGUAUCAAAGAUGUCUCCCUGCAUAUAUGAUCGUAUUUUAAUUAAACCCACGAGAACGUACCAGAGUGUAGAUUUUUCUAAGCCUCUGAACAGUGGCAGUAGAGUAAUUGAGAAGAAGAUCGUGUGAUAGUCGUAGUUAUGGAAAUAGUACGUCGCGCGUGCCUGCGUGUGCGUGUGUGUGUGGAUGUAUAAGUUAAGAAUUCUAUCGGUUAUUCAUUAUAACGACGAAGUAUGUAAAGAGUUUAAUAAUACUUACUAAUAAAAUAUAAAAUACCGCUGUA